UUGAGCCCCACCCACGUGAUGCAACAAUGUCUAACAGCAUGGUGGUGGUAUUGCUCAGAUUUCCAGUUGGGAAGAUGCUUUCAUCAAUAAGGCAUACUGGCACCAGGGGAUUAUUUAAAACCUCCCAAUCACCUGGUUUGACCUCCAGUUCAUUAAGACAGUGUCUAACCAGAAGCUUUGCUAGUGACACACUAAGCAAUGGUACUAGGGAACUAAAGAGAACUGAUCGUAUUGUUGGAUACUGGUUGGGUGGGUGCUGUGUCAUGGUCAUUGGAUCUGUCAUCAUAGGGGGCCUAACAAGACUGACAGAGUCUGGUCUGAGUAUGACCAGAUGGCACAUUAUAAAAGGAAUGAAGCCACCACGAGGAGAAAAGGAAUGGAACGAAGAAUUUGAGAGAUACAAGCAGUUUCCAGAAUAUGAAUAUGUUCAUAAAGAUAUCACUCUUGCUGAUUUUAAAAGGAUAUUCUACAUGGAGUAUAUUCACAGAAUGUGGGGACGGGCUAUUGGUCUUACCUUUGCUCUUCCGGCAGGUUUCUUUCUCCUUAAGAAGUGGGUGCCCAAACACGUUAAACCCCGUCUUGGAUUUUAUGCUGGUGUUAUCCUAUUCCAAGGAUUGCUGGGUUGGUAUAUGGUGAAGAGUGGUCUAGAGUCUAAGCCCAAGUCACCCGGUGAUGUACCACGUGUCAGUCAGUAUCGUUUAGCAGCUCAUCUUGGCACUGCCAUCUUCCUCUAUUCAUCAAUGCUCUACACUACACUGGGGCUUUUACUACCAAUUCAGAAACAGAAUGGCACUCCUGCUCAGUUGGGUAGACUAAGAGGUCUAGUUCAUGGAGCAGUUGCUAUGACCUUCUUUACAGCUCUAUCAGGUGCUUUUGUAGCUGGCCUGGAUGCAGGGUUGGUCUAUAAUUCUUUUCCUAAGAUGGCCGGACAGUGGAUCCCUGAUGAUAUACUUGCUCUGUCUCCUAAAAUUAAAAACUUUUUCGAAAAUCCAACCACAGUUCAAUUUGAUCACAGGAUCUUAGGUACAUCGACUCUUCUCUUUGUUGUUGGUACAUGGGCAAUGGCUAGAGGAGUGGGACUGUCCCCACGUGCUCGUUUGGCUGUUAACUGUAUGGCUGGAAUGGCAUUCAUACAGGUUGGUCUUGGUAUCAGUACAUUGCUCUAUUAUGUUCCAACGUCACUGGCAGCUGCUCAUCAGUCUGGAUCAGUCACUCUACUCUCACUGGCCAUUUGGCUAAUGCACGAGCUGAGAAAGAAAGCUCCAAAACUGUAGAAUGAAUGGUCUUGUUCAAUUUUUUUUAACAAAAAGAGUAUUUUUUCAAUAGUA